UUCGGCGACAAUUUCUACGCACCCAAAGACGUGAAAGUGGCUUCCAAGUCCACCCACUUUACACCGCCAAACAUUCCGUGCUAGUCUUUAUAUCCCUGCCGGGAAUAACAUCCAGCAUCCAUAGUAACACUUUCAAAAGUGCGCGCUCAAGUUAAAAAAAAAAAGUUAACAAAAGUUACUUAAAUAAAUUAAAUAAAAAUGCCUUUCGCUGUUGAACAACUAAAAUCCGUGGCCACCGAGCAGCUGUCCAAAUCGGAAACCAUUAAGCUGCGCAACAAACAUAUCGGGCAAGCAUGUCAACUCUUCUAUCGCACCGAUCCUUUGAAAAUUGUACGUGGACAGGGUCAAUAUAUGUUCGAUGAAGAAGGCACUCGCUAUCUGGACUGCAUCAACAAUGUGGCUCAUGUGGGUCAUUGUCAUCCGGAGGUUGUUAUGGCCGGAGCUAUGCAAAUGGCUACAAUUUCCACCAAUUGCCGUUUCCUACACGAUGAAUUGGUGCAAUGUGCCAAGACUUUGACCGGCAAGAUGCCGCCCUCUUUAUCGGUUUGCUUCUUUGUCAAUUCCGGUUCGGAGGCAAAUGAUUUGGCUUUGCGUUUGGCACGUAACUUUACCAAACGACAGGAUGUCAUCACCUUGGACCACGCCUACCAUGGUCAUUUGCAGUCCGUGAUGGAAGUGUCGCCAUAUAAAUUUAAUAUGCCCGGCGGUGAGAAGAAAAUGGACUAUGUCCAUGUGGCUCCAUGCCCGGAUAUCUAUAAUGGUCAGAUUACCGAUAAAAUGCAUCCCGAUGCGGAUUUGGCUAAGCUUUAUGCCCAGCCCGUUGAGGAUAUUUGCACGAACCAACUGGCCAAGGGUCAGGGAGUUGCUGCCUUUAUAGCGGAGAGUUUGCAGAGUUGCGGUGGUCAGAUAUUGCCGCCACCUGGCUACUUCAAGGCAGUCUAUGAGGCAGUACGUUCGAAUGGAGGUGUUUGCAUUGCCGAUGAAGUGCAAGUCGGCUUCGGUCGGGUGGGCAGUCAUUACUGGGCUUUUGAGACACAGGAUGUGGUGCCCGAUAUUGUCACAGUGGCCAAGCCAAUGGGCAAUGGUCAUCCAGUUGGUGCUGUUGUCACCACACCGGAAAUUGCUCAGGCCCUGCAGGCCACGGGAGUGCCCUAUUUCAAUACAUAUGGCGGCAACCCGGUAUCCUGUGCCAUAGCCAAUGCCGUGAUGCGUGUCAUCGAUCAGGAGGGUUUGCAACAGAAUGCCAAAAAAUUGGGAGAUUACCUUCUGGAUGAGUGCCAGCAACUGAAGAAGGAAUUCGAAUGCAUUGGUGAUGUUCGAGGUGUGGGAUUCUUUGUUGGCAUUGAAUUAGUGCAGGAUCGUGAUGCUCGUAUUCCAGAUACCAAGUCUGCGCGUUGGGUUGUCAAUCGCAUGAAGCAAGUCCACAAGGUCCUUGUCUCGUCCGAUGGACCCAAUGACAAUGUGAUCAAACUAAAGCCACCAAUGUGUUUCAAUCGCGAAAAUGCCGAUGAAUUCCUGAUGACCUUCCGCGAAUGCCUGACCACUUUGAUGCAGGAUAAACUGGUGGCAGCUGUUGAUGCCGCAAAGGCCAAGGCAAAUGACAGGAUUAGCAGUGCCGCCGCCGAUACUUUGGCAAAUAAAACAAAACUGUUGGAACGUCACGAUCGCCUGAUAAAGUCCGUCUAGGGAAACGUCAAUUGAUCGUGUCACAUUUUAUUUCUAAAGAUAUUUAUACAUUAUUAUUAUUAGCCUAGUUUAUAUUCCUUUACAUACUCAUUCUAUAUACAUAAUAAUCUUUUCCCCAUAUUUGAAUUUACAAACAAAGUUCUAGUAUCUAGAAUUAUAGAGAGCUUUAAACGAAUUUGUUACUCCAUUUGCUUUUGACUAUAUUUUUGGCAUGCUUAUUAUUUUUAAGAAUUUUUUGUUCAAGAAAGUUUGAAAGAUGUGUUAACCGAAACGCCAGUACCAGUACAUGAAUAUGUAGUACAAAAUGUUAUACAACAAAAUGAAGUAAAGUAAUAACUAAUAAAAAGUUUAUCAAUGUUAAACCAAAAAUAAAUAUAUUGAAAAAAAGUUUAAA